AAGGAUUUUGGAAGAGUCAGUCCAGUUGAACGUCCAAUAGUCUCAUCCUUUGACGCUCCUCUUCACGGGGAGCUAGCAUGGAUUGUUGUAGCGCAGUAUCAAUGUUAUUGUCAGCCAUAAACAAAUAAUGGGUAUUUAACAAGUUAAUGUCAAAGUGGCUGAGAGUCACUGGUAGGUGUGUGCUUAGUGACAUCAGCUGGCAAGGAGCCCUGGUAACAGAGAGAGAGAGAGAGAGAGAGAGAGAAAGAAGGGAGGGUGUGUGUCUAUAUCUGGGUAUUCUGGCGAGGUAAAGAGCUGGUCUGUUUGGCUGGACCUUCCCAUCUGGGAUCCAUCUGUGUUUCCCUGGGAUCGGACAGGCGGCUCUAGUCAGUGAGAAAUCGCAGAUGUGAGAGAGCUGACACAUGUCCAGCUAAUGAAAGAAGGAAGGCUGGUCUGAGGCUGUGCUCAAAGAUUAAAAGCAAAAAAAGAAGAGCAUUUUAUUUAUGUCGAAGAAAUUAGGUGAAUUCUACAGCAGCUGGAUUGUUGUAACCUGGAUAUUUCGGUUGCUAGUGAGAAGAGGGUGCCAGUGAUGCCUGGAUCGCCUGUGGAAGUGAAGAUACAGUCGAGAUCUUCUCCUCCAAGCAUGCCACCACUGCCACCUGUGAACCCAGGCGGACCCCGGCCAGUGUCGUUCACUCCUACGGCAUUGCCCAAUGGGAUUAACCAUUCUCCCCCAACUCUGAAUGGGGCACCCUCUCCACCCCAGAGAUUCAGCAAUGGUCCUGCCUCGUCAUCUUCGUCCUCACUGACCAAUCAGCAACUCCCAGCAACCUGUGGGGCCCGGCAGCUCAGCAAACUCAAGCGCUUCCUUACCACUCUUCAGCAGUUUGGCAAUGACAUUUCACCAGAGAUCGGGGAGAAGGUCCGGACCCUUGUCCUAGCACUAGUGAACUCUACAGUGACAAUUGAGGAAUUUCACUGCAAGCUCCAAGAAGCCACCAACUUCCCUCUUCGUCCCUUUGUGAUUCCCUUUCUGAAGGCCAACCUUCCCUUGCUGCAGAGGGAGCUGCUGCACUGUGCCCGGGCUGCCAAGCAAACUCCUUCCCAGUACCUGGCCCAGCAUGAGCACAUCCUGCUGAACACAAACACCACAUCCCCAGCCGACUCCUCUGAGCUGCUGAUGGAGGUGAAUGGAAAUGGGAAGAGACAUAGUCCAGACAGAAGAGAAGAAAAUAGUUUUGAGAGAGACCCGCUCCCAUCGGAGCCACCUGCCAAGAGAGUGUGCACCAUUAGUCCAGCUCCGCGGCACAGCCCUGCCCUGGCUCUACCCCUCAUGAAUCCUGCUGGGCAGUUCCAUCCAACCCCACCUCCACUCCAGCACUACACCUUGGAAGACAUCGCAACUUCCCACCUGUACAGGGACCCCAACAAGCUCUUGGAACAGAGGGAUAUGCGCGAUAGACAUAGCAAUCUUGGUUUAAAUGGCGGCUAUCAGGAUGAGCUUGUGGACCAUCGCUUAACAGAGAGAGAGUGGGCUGAUGAGUGGAAGCAUCUCGAUCACGCUUUGAAUUGCAUCAUGGAAAUGGUGGAGAAAACUAGGCGCUCCAUGGCUGUUCUGCGGCGCUGUCAGGAGGCUGACCGGGAGGAGCUCAACUACUGGAAGAGGCGGUGCAGUGAGAGCACAGAGUCAAGGAAGGGAGGGAAUGAAUUCAUCUCGAGGCAGCACAGUCCCGGGAGUUCUGACUCCAUCAACAGUGAUUCCCAGCGGGACUUCAGCAGCAGGUCCGGGACGGGCUAUGUUACUGAAGAGAUAUGGAAAAAAGCUGAAGAAGCCGUGAAUGAGGUGAAGCGCCAGGCCAUGUCUGAGGUGCAGAAAGCUGUGGCUGAGGCAGAGCAGAAGGCAUUUGAAAUGAUCGCAUCCGAGAGGGCCCGCAUGGAACAAACCAUUGCAGAUGCAAAGCGCCAAGCUACUGAGGAUGCCUUCCUAGUGAUUAAUGAGCAGGAAGAGUCUACAGAGAGCUGUUGGAACUGCGGUCGCAAAGCCAGUGAGACGUGCAGCGGAUGCAACAUUGCCCGGUACUGUGGUUCUUUCUGCCAGCACAAAGACUGGGAGAGACAUCAUCGGAUCUGCGGACAAGGGUUACACAGCCAGGCCAAGCCGCUUUCCCUGCCAUCAGGGCGAUUGGCAGCAGCAGCCGCCACCAAACCAGCUGAUGGGGUUCCAAGUCCUGCCCUAGAGAAGACCUCUGCAACGACCUCCCGAUCCUCUACCCCAGCUUCCGUGACAACAAUAGACACUAAUGGACUCUAAAUCUUUCCAUUCAGUUCAGUAGGUUUUAUACAUUUUUCCUGUUUUUAAACCUAAAAUACACUUACGUUCCACAGAAGGUGUAAAAAGUCCACCGGCUACUCUAGAGCCCUGAUGCUCCAGCUAAUCUUUGUGAGGUUUUUUCCAUUUCAUUAUAAUCCAUCAGCAGUUGUUAAGAACCACAUGCCAGCCUUGCCAAGGGGACCUCAACACUGCUCGCUUUUAAGUCUUGGCGCCAGAGAGCACGUCACUUGGACCUUCAGGACUAUGGCCUCUUCCUCUUUGUUUUAAUUGAACUUCUUUGGGAAGGAGUUCCCAUGUCCUGCGCUGACAUGCACGAGACUCCAGGAGAGCAGCACGCAGUAUCCAAGGAUGAAGUGUGGUGUUCUUUCCGCUGGAUGCCCAAGCAGCCUCCCCAUACAACUCGCUGCUCCUCCUCUUUCAUCAGAUACAUAUUUUUCUUCUUCCCAGUUGGCUCUGUACUUCCUAACUCUCUGCAAUGAACUGUUCACCCGAACUGAUUUUCCUCGGGAGAACUUCUCAUUCUCCAGCAUAAUGAGAAAUAAACAGUUUCUUGGUUACAGAUGUCUGCUUUUCCUCACGUCUGAGCUGCAAAGUGACUCACGGGGAUUGCAGGGGUUGGGCAUUCCCUGGAGGAGCGGAGAAUUGUGUUCUGUUGAGGAGCGAAGCUAAACAAAUCUCCGUGCGGAGCGGGAACAGUUGAUCUUUUUUAUAUGGCCCAUUUUAAACCCUGUUCUCUAACUGGACAGUCCAUUGUUUAUCAAUCAGCUUGGUUAGGAGCCUCCGCUCUCCUUGUGUGCUGAAUAUUUCAGACCAAAUCUCGACCUUUCAUUGUGGCCUGUUGCCCCACAGGCUGGAUUGGGUUACUUCACUGUGCAGGAAAGAUUUUUCCACUGCAUGGAAACUCUUAGUUUUAGAUUUGUUGACUUUGUUUUCACCCUGUGAAUCUCCUCCACACGAUUGCAAUGAAUCAUUUACAGCCUGUUCUUUCCAAGCAUGUUGGCGCAACGAUUUUAAAAAAAGUUUCAGAAUUUUGCAACUAAUGUCAAUUUUUUAAACAUCCAAGCCUAAAUGAGAUUACCAGAGCUCUGUUGUGUGCUGAACUCUUGGUUCCAGACCUAUAUUCCAUGCAGAGAAGGGCAACCCUAUCAAAGCACCUGGUUGCACUGCUCUAGAUGACAGAAUUCACUAGCAGUGCAUUUAUAAACCAAUGUAUAUCAUCUUGUCCAUCAUUUAAAGCCGGUCUAUAGAUAACUGCUCAGAAGGAUGCAAUCUAGUUGGGUUGUGGCAUGCUGAACUGGCUAUUAGUAGGCUGGUUGGGCCUGAAGGUAAUGUUCUAAUCUGGUCCAGAGGGGAGGAUUGGUUUGGUGCAUGCAGAGAAACAGAGUUUGCCUAGAAGAACUUAUUUUAUGAGUCCCUUAAGAGCUUGUUAUAUGUGCAGCUAAUGCAACAGGAAUCGGAGCAUGCUCGCUUUGGGAGUCCCACUGACUUCUCAUGCUGCACAUGAAUAAGGGCUAGAGUAUUGGCCCUUCACUGAGGUUUUGUUUUUGAGACUCUGAUUCUUCUGUGAUCUUUGGAUUAGAGCCAAACAAGGCAAAAAUUUCUAAAUUAUUUGGUCACUUUUUAAAAUGGCAGCUGAUAAUGAAGAUGUAAUUUACUAUUCCUUGGGCUAGCGAUGGGAACGGGCUUGCUGUCGACUGGAUGUUGUUGAUAUGCCACGGUAACAAGAGCAGGUUAGCUCAUUGAUCUGGCUGUGGUCCUUAGGCAGCAUAAUUUGGAAACUGCAGUCUCCAGUAAUGAAGUGGUUAACUCACAUGUCUUAAAAGUUUUAGCUCACAGGCAAAAAUCUUCUCAUUGCCAAAAUUCCAUAUUAAGAAUCUCUAGUUUUUGCCCUGUGAGAGAUGGUUACUACCACGCUUUGGAGCCCGGACUCAGUCAUGGCCUGUAGAUACAGAUUGCAGAUAGAUGAAAGAGCUGCUUCUCUGGUACAGACUCUUCUGCUUCUUAAAGGAAGAACAGAUCAGGAUUGCAAGGUGCAGAGAUAGUUGUUGGCAGUAUUCCUUACUUGUCUGAAGUCCUUCUCCAUGGCUGUGUAUACCUGCCUCAAGUACAAGAGCUGGGGCCAUCUCUGGGGUUGAGGCUGUUCCAUAACCAUCUGUAUUAAUCUCAGAGAACAGCUGAUGCCUCCUGGAUAAUGGAAACCUAUUUGCAAACAAUUCCUAUUCUGUGUAAGGUUCUCAUCUCUGUUCCCUUCAUUCGCUACUGCUAUCAGGAUAUUUCUGCAGAAACAGCAUCUCAGGGGUGAAAUCCCUCCAAAGUCCUCCUGUUCUCUUAAACUAUCAGACCUUUCCAGUGAUGAUCCAUACCCAUCAGCAUUGUACUGGGUUGAUAAGGAACAGAGAGAAGCCACAGAGUACGUGAUUUUCAUGAAAAUAUCCUUCAUAACAGAGGACUGGAUUCUGCAGUCCUUACUCAGUCAAUGCACCCAAUGGGAGGUUUGAUUAAGGACCCUCUUGGUAUAGUGGUAACCUGUGAAAACCUUUGCCUCCACUAACUAAAUAACAUUGCCUCAAUGUUUGUAGUAUCCUCUGUAUUUAGCUACCAAUACUGAAGUUAUUUGCCUAAGGGCAAUCACUAAGAUCAGACCCUAAAAAGGAUGAGAGCAAUACAGUGCUCUAAGGAAUUAUUUGUAAAUAGACAGUCUUCCAUAGUUUUCAUUCAACUUCAAUGGCUCUCUAUGUAUUAAAAUAAAAUUAACCCCAAUGUAAAUAAAUGAAAUACUAACAGUCAUGAUUAGAAUGAUUUUUUUUUAAACAUGGAAUGAUAAAUGUGAAAUUCUGGUAUGGGAAGACUUGUUGAAUGAGUUUUCUAUAUUUUUUGUCAUUUAAUUCUGUAAUAGGAAUUUGUUACUUAAUUCCCAUGCAUAACUUAUUUAAUGUACUGUAUAAAGGAACCCAAACUGUUACAGAUGUAUUUAGUUUGUUCUACUCAAAGUAGUCAAUAAAAAGACUAUAUUCAUCUUA